UCUAUAUUCUAUAAUCUUAAACAGAGAAUAGUUGAUUGGCUUGCCCAAAACUUUAAAAGAGAUGAAGGAAUAGACCAUCUGAAAGACAAGCAAGCUCUACAACGUCUCACAGAGACUGCGAAGAAAGCAAAGAUGGAGCUCUCAUCUCUAACUCAGACCAGUAUAAGUUUGCCUUUCAUUACCGCCACUGUGGAUGGCCCAAAACACAUUGACAGCACCCUGACAAGAGUCAAAUUUGAAGAAUUAUGUUCAGAUUUGCUAGACAGGCUACGAGGACCAAUUGAAACUGCCUUGAAAGAUGCAAAUCUUUCCUUCAAAGAUUUAGAUGAAGUAAUCCUUGUUGGUGGUUCUACUCGCAUCCCAGCUGUUCAGGAGCUUCUGAGGAAGAUGACUAGAAAAGAGCCCAAUGUCACUGUAAAUCCUGAUGAAGUUGUUGCUCUUGGGGCUGCAGUUCAGGCUGGUGUUUUAGCUGGAGAAGUUAGUGACAUUGUGCUAUUGGAUGUCACUCCAUUGUCUCUGGGACUCAAAAUUUUGUGUGGUGUAAUGACAAAGAUUAUCCCAAAGAACACAACUUUGCCAACUUCCAAAUUAGAGGUGUUCCCCACUGCGGCAGAUGGGCAGACCAGUGUAGAGAUUAAUGUCUGUCAGGGUGAGAGAGAGUUCAUGAGGGAUAACAAGAGAAUGGUGAUGAUAUGAUCAAUGUAGAUUUCACAGAUAGUG